AUGGCUAGAUCUAUGGAAGAAAAUAGUAGUGGUUUUUAUGUUAUAUGUAAAUAUAUUACGAAAUAUACAUUACGAUGGCUGAAAUCUUCAACAACAAUUCAGAUACUGGUGAAAGACGCAUACCAUGGUUAUACAGUUGAUCAUAUCGUUUGUUCUGCUGGUAUCACAGAACUGAAAGCAAAUUACGCCCUGUGGAAGAAUAGAAUUAUACAGUUUUUGCUACUGGUUGCUGGAAUUGAGCAAAAUCCAGGUCCAGAUCAGAGUGACAAAAAGAAUUUGAAAAUAGUACACAAUAAUGUGUGUAGUUUACUUCCUAAGUUAGAUCUCAUUAACAAUGAACUACAUGAGUAUGACAUUAUUUGUAUAUCAGAAUCUCAUCUUGACAAGUCAAUUACUGAUGACCAAAUUAAAUUAAAUGGGUUUCAUAAGCCUAUUAGGUUAGAUAGAAAUAGACAUGGUGGAGGUGUGACCAUUUAUGUGAAAAAUAGUCUACAUUUUAUUAUACAGAAUGACAUAUCUGUAAGCAAUCUUGAGUUGCUUUGGGUUGAAGUGAGGAAUUAUAGUAAUGAAAAAUUUUUAGUUGGUGUUUUUUACCGGCCUCCAAACUCAAAUUCUAAUAUAUGGGAAUUAUUUAAUGAGUCAGUUGAUAAAGCACUUGAUUGUAAUUUGCCAAUUUUCCUUUGUGGUGAUUUCAAUUGCGAUAUGAUGUCAAACACAAGUAACUCUUUUAAAAAGUUACUUAACCGUUUAAACUUAGAAAAUGUUGUUUGGGAGCCUACCAACUUUACAACCCAAACUGGAACUUGUAUUGAUUUAUGUGUGACUAAUCGCAAGAACUUAAUUAAAUCAGUAACUGUUCUUACACCGAUAUGCAGUUCUCAUUCUCCUGUUUCAGUCGAAAUUUCAUUUAAAACUUUUAAACAACACUCGUUUAAAAGACAAAUUCGUGAUUUUAAGCGUGCAGAUUAUGAAGGUCUUAAAAACCAGUUGAAUGAUACUGACUGGGAUGAUGUUGUUUUUAAUUCAAAUAAUAUAAAUGAUGUUUAUAUGAACUUUGUCAGAACAUUCGAAAGUACUGUAAAUAGAUAUAUACCUACUAAAACUAUUACAGUAAGACCAAAUGAUAAACCUUUUAUGAACAACUUAAUAAGAAACAAGAUAAGACAUCGUAAUAGAAUUCACCACAAAGCGAAAACUUCAAAUAAUCCAGAUCACUGGAAAAAAUUUAGAGAAAUUCGUAAUGAAAUUAUCAGCUUAGUUAGAAAGGCAAAAGAAGAUUAUAAGUGCAAACUGACAUCUCAACUUAUUGACAAAAAUAUUCCUCCUGGUAAAUGGUGGCGCAUUGCCAAGUCUGUAUCAAAUUUUACUAAAAAUAGAGAUUCUCCCCCUUUUUUAGAACAUGAUGGCCAAAUUUUUAUUCAUCCAUUGGACAAAUCAGAGAUCCUGAACAAUCAUUUUGCUAAUAUAGCUAAUAUUGAUACAGAACCAGAAAUUCCUGAUAAUAAAGAGCCUCCUCCAUGUCAUUUAAAUAAAUUUGUCAUCACUGAGAAAGAAAUUUUAGAUCAAUUAAAAAUCUUGAAUGUUAACAAACCUGCUGGACCUGACGGUAUCAGUCCUAGAAUUUUAAAAGAGGUUGCUAGCUUUAUUUCUAAACCAUUAACUAAGUUAUUUAAUAUGUCUCUAUCAGUUAAACAGGUUCCACUGUUAUGGAAAACUGCACAUGUUAAUCCUAUUUUUAAAGGAAAAGGUAGUCCACAUUCAGCUCUAAACUAUCGUCCAAUAUCUGUUACUAGUAUUGUUUGUAAGAUUAUGGAAAAAGUUCUAUUUAAACAUUUGUAUAAUUACAUGAGAAGUAAUAACCUUUUGUCAAAGUUUCAAUCUGGUUUCUAG